AUGCACCAUUUUUUGCCCGAGAGCAAUGGCACUGCUCAACGCUCCCCUAGGGACGAUGUCGACUCAGGGCCUAGGGCUACUGACUGGACCGUCUCUUCCUCCGAUUACCCCCUCAGUGAGAUCUCUCGGCCAAAUGUCAACGGUGAUCUAUUGUUCCAUGCCAAAACACAAUCUUACUAUCGUAGUAUCCGCAAACAAAAACCGAUACCACUCUCCGGGGCUGUUUUGAGCCUGGGCCUCGUAAACCUUACUGACAGCGACGCUUUGAUCUAUGGGGCAGGCAACGUUCUUUCCGCUGCAAGUGGCAAGACUGCAGCUAUUCCGGCCUGUUCUCCAGCAAAGGGGCAAUGA